UUUUUUUUUUUUAACUUGUAUUUAUUAGAAACGCGCCUUUUGGCUAUAUCUUAAUUCGUAAAAAAUGUAUUAUCUAAUUCCAAUCAAGUGUCAACAGACAAACCGACGUUAUCUCGAUGUUAUUUUUUUACAAAAUAUUCGCUGUAAUUUGUAAUCAGUUGUAGUUGUAAUUUGUAGUGUCGAGACUCGAGUCUGUAGCACAGAUUAUAUGAAAAUAUAAUCUAUAAUUUUCAUAUAAUCUGUGUCUGUAGUUUGUUUUUUGUUUCACUGGCGGUUGGGCUGCAAGUAUUGAGAUUUAAAUUGCUGUUUACAAAAUAAUAUUGUAUUCAGUCGUUUAAAUUUUGAAAAUUAAUGAGAUAAUUACCGGCAAAAUGGGUGAAAUCGAAGUAAACUAUGGUUCAACUCUACCCACAGAGUCGCUUAAAGUUAUUGCUGAAAGUGUGGGUAUCGGCAAUCUGUCUGACGAUGCCGCCAAAGAAAUAUCGGAUUCUGCUACGUACCGAUUAAAAUUAGUAUUACAAGAAAGUAAAAAAUUUAUGAUGCAUUCUAAUAGAUGCAAAUUAAUGCCCUCGGAUAUUGAUAGUGCUCUAAAAGUGCUUGGCAUUGAACCAAUAUAUGGAUUUCAUGCUAAAGAUCAUAUACCAUUUAGAUAUGCUUCGGGCGGUGGACGAGAAUUACAUUUUACUGAUGACAAAGAUGUGGACCUCAUCGAGUUUGUUAAUGCGCCUCUUGCCAAGUUACCUUUGGACAUCAGUAUUAGAUGUCAUUGGCUAGCAAUUGAUGGUGUUCAACCUUCGGUACCUGAAAAUCCUCCAUCUGUGCCCAAAGAUGUGCAAAAGACAGAAUGUGUGGAUCCUCUUAAUAAAUUAAAGAAACCUAUCGAUAAAGAAGUGUCGGGCCGACCUACUACCGGAAAAGCUCAAAAAUUAAAGAAUGUAGAAACUGUUCACGUCAAACAAUUAGCUACUCAUGAGUUAUCUGUCGAACAACAACUUUAUUACAAAGAAAUUACCGAAGCGUGUGUUGGAUCAGAUGAAGCUCGACGAGCGGAAGCUCUUCAAAGUCUGGCAACUGACCCGGGUCUUCAUGAAAUGUUGCCCCGCAUGUGCACGUUUAUUGCUGAAGGAGUCAAAGUGAAUGUUGUUCAAAAUAAUUUAGCAUUACUUAUAUAUUUGAUGAGAAUGGUUAAAGCGUUAUUAGACAAUCCAGCACUUUAUUUGGAAAAAUACUUACACGAGAUCAUACCAUCAGUGGUAACAUGUGUCGUCAGCAAGCAGUUAUGUAUGAGACCAGAAAUAGACAACCAUUGGGCUUUGCGAGAUUUUGCUGCUCGUCUUAUGGCGCAAGUUUGCAAAAUGUUCAAUACACCAACAAACAAUGUACAAACUCGAAUAACUAGAGUUUUUACCAAUGCCACUAACUCAGAUAAAACGGCACUUCCUUCAGUUUAUGGUGCCCUGGAAGGCUUGGCGGAGUUGGGAACCGAAACUAUCAAAGUAUUUGUUAUCCCCAGAGUUCGUUUGAUAUCCGAUAGAAUAGAUUCUCCUGAAGUAUCACAAAACAAUGUUGAUAGAAUAUCUGGAAAUCAAAUCAAACAUUUGCUUUGUAAAAUAUUAACACCCGUAUUAAAAAUAAUGUAUCAAACACCUGAUGUUUUAGAAGAUUAUAAAAAAGAAUUUGGAUCUGUAGGGACACAACUGUAUGCAGCUGUGACUAAAGCCCGUGCUUCUGUCGCUGGUCAAAGUGCAAACAACACUACUGUGACACAGACAAGUACACAACCAAAAACUGCUGUUGGCCGCCCAGUUGCUACAACUACAAGUAGUACAGGAGGUGCUCCGCAAAAAUAUGUUCUCAUGUCUCAAAAACCCAGUUCAGCUCAAGUAAAUAAUUAUAAUGGCCAAGUAUAAAAUAAUUAAAUUUAUUUAAAUAUAAAUUUGAGAACCUUACAAAUAAAACCAUUUAUAUUUCUCAACAAAAUAUGAAAUCAGAAUUCCACGAUCCAAGCAUUUAAAAUUAAUUAAUUUAGUUUUUUUAUUUAGUAACUACUUUAAGACUUGUGUAAAUAAUGUGUAGUGAAUAUUGACAGUUAU